GCAGAAUGUGUGCUUGAUAACGUAUCUGCAUUAUUCGUCUAUUUGACGUGUAUCCAAUCGCAUGGACGUCGAUAAGAUCAUGUUUAUUCUAAGUACACCAUUUUCUUUUUUUUUUUUUAGUCUGUGCCUUUUCUCCUGUCGCUCUUUCAGUUGAUAAGUUUUUUUUGGCUUCCCAAAGGAUUCGAUAUUUCAGAUAUUGCUGACGUUUCACGGGCGGUGACAAGUAGUCGGAGCCCGUAACUAUUGUGGCGCAUCGCUUACUCCCUUUAUUCGUCUCUCUUCCUCUCUCUCUCUCUUGCUACGUUUACCAGAAGGAGAGAGAAAGAAUGUGAACGGGCGGGUGAGAAAGCGAGAAAAAGAUAGAACGAGGAACGAGUGAAAGAAGGAAAGCUUGUGAACGAAUAAACUGAAUGAGAAAGAGAGAGUAUAUUUUAACAGAGUAACGGAAUGAAAGGAAAGAGGACAGAGUUACCGAGCGAGUAGAAGAGAGGAAGAGUACCAUAUACGUAUGCGACGAAGAAAGAGAAUGACAGAAUUCGCGCGCGCGUACAGAGUACUCUAUCCGUCCUUAUCGGUUUCUUCCUUUCGCAGUCUUUAUGCACCGCUUUAACGGUUUCUCGUGAUUUUUCGAUAAUGCCAUUUCGCCGAAGGUUAUGAGGUAUUGGUUACAUAGAUAACUUUCGGGUGAUCAUGGCUAAUCGGGGUACAGCCCAGAGGCCAAAUGGUUCGACUCAAGGGAAGAUUUGUCAGUUUAAGCUGGUGCUGCUUGGAGAAUCUGCAGUUGGAAAGUCAAGCCUUGUUUUGAGGUUUGUUAAAGGACAGUUCCAUGAGUAUCAAGAAAGUACUAUUGGAGCUGCAUUUUUAACACAAACAGUAUGUUUGGAUGACACAACUGUCAAAUUUGAGAUUUGGGACACAGCAGGACAGGAGCGUUAUCACAGUCUUGCACCAAUGUAUUAUCGAGGUGCACAGGCUGCUAUUGUUGUGUAUGAUAUAACAAAUCAGGACACAUUUGUACGUGCCCAAACGUGGGUGAAGGAAUUGCAACGACAAGCCAGUCCAAGCAUAGUUAUAGCAUUAGCUGGGAAUAAAGCGGAUCUUGCUAAUAAAAGAGUUGUAGAAUUUGAUGAAGCUCAAUCAUACGCGGAUGAAAAUGGUCUUCUUUUUAUGGAAACUUCAGCAAAAACAGCAAUGAAUGUUAAUGAUAUAUUCCUGGCAAUCGCUAAGAAACUUCCAAAGAACGAGCAAUCGGGAAGCGCAAGUACAAGUGGGCAAGGUCGUCGAUUAGUCGAGACAGAAGGACAAAAGGCAGCAACUGGCAAUUGUUGCAAGUGAUUAUCCAAAUCUAUAUGUACCAUAAUCAACAAAUAUAAGUACACAAUGAGUGUGUCCACAAUGAAUUUGAAUGGAAUAUGAAACAAUGGGAAAAUGCCACUAUAUUGGAAUGGGAGGUAAACUGUGCAGGACGAACAUUUUGCCUGAGUGAUUAACUAAAAAAAAAAUGCGUGUAUCACGUUGCAUUCGACGAUAUAUUAUCUAUUUUGAGUAUCAGAUCUAUCGAAAUGAGAGAAAGAAAGGGAGAGAGUGAGACAUUAUGGUGAAGCUCCCAUUUGUAAUUCUAGUAGUAAUGGGCGAUGUUCGUUAUAAAUAUAUAUAUAUAAAUAUAUAAAUACGAUUAUACUAUAAAUCAUAUACAAUAAAUAUGAUUUAUAUAAUAAGUAAUGUUAAUGGUAAUAAGUAAUAAUGAUAAUAUUAAUGGUAAAUAAUAAUAACACGAUAAAUAAUAAUAACGUUAAUAUUAGUAACUAUAAUAUACAUUUAAAAUAUACAAUGUACGAUGAACUUUUGGCACGCGAAACGUCUUGUAAGAUAGUAGGCCAUUCCUGCUGCUAUAAUUACCUAUGUAUUUACUUUCUUAGUUUGUAAACAUGUAUAACAAAUUCUUGCUCCGAAAUAUAUUGUAUAUUAAUUUUAUUCGAUAAUUCACGAUAAAUUAUAGAUAAUUACACAAGAAGAAAAAAAAUAAUAAACUUGUGAAUAUUACUAACGAU